AUGGUAUUUAAAUGCCAAGAAGAUAGCUUUUUAAAAGAGUUUACUUCUAAAGUGGUUAAAUGCGAGUCAACUACGGAGCCAGUAGUAGAAUAUGGCAAAUCAACAAAAUUCCAGGGUUACCAAAUAACAGUUGAGAACACAAUUCUUUUCCCAGCUGGAGGUGGUCAACCACAUGAUUUGGGGUGGCUAAAUGAAGUAAAAGUCUUGCAAGUUCUUCGAAAGGGUGAGGAAGCUCUUCACUUCACCAAGGAGCCAAUUGAAGUAGGAACUAAUGUGACUCUAAAAAUAAAUUGGGAAAGGAGAUUUGACCACAUGCAACAACAUUCAGGACAACACCUGCUGUCAGCUAUAUUAGAGAAAGAGCAUGAUUUACCAACAACAAGCUGGUGGCUUGGUUCUGAUGAUAGUUACAUUGAAAUAGAUAUACCAAGUGUUGAUCCCAAAAUAUUACAAAACGUAGAAAAAAGAUGUAAUUCAUUAAUACAAACAGCAUUACCAGUUAAAGUUAAGUUAUGUAAAGCAAAUGACCCCAAUUUAGAUAAGGCACAUUUAAGGGGCUUGCCUAAUGACUGUAUGGACACAAUCAGAAUUAUAUGUAUUGGAGAUGUUGAUGAAAAUAUGUGCUGUGGUACCCAUGUGUCAAAUUUAAGUCAAUUACAAGUUAUUAAACUGUUAGGUGCAGAACCAGGCAAGAAAGGAAAGACUAAUUUGAGAUUUUUGGUUGGAAAUCGUGUAAUAAACAUUUUCCAAAAUAUGUUGGACAAGGAGAAAGCUCUAACUGUCAUAUUGAAAAACGAUCCUACAAGACAUGAAGAACUUAUUCAAAAAUUGCAGAAAAAUUUUAAAACAGUUAACAAAAACCUACAAAAUGUCCUUACUGAAUUGGCUCAGUAUGAAAUUGAGAGGGUUAUAAACAAUCAACCAAAGCCUAAAUAUGUGUUUAUGUUUAAAAAAGAAGCAACACCAGAAUUUAAUAGGGCCAUAUGUAAAGGAUUGGAAAAGGAGGGGCUGUUUAUAUUUUGUGCUUCUGAGGAACCUGAUAAACCUAAAGAAGGACAAAUUAUUAUACAAGGACCAGAGGAACAUUGUAAUGUAUUAGGAGCACAGAUAACAGAGAUUUUAAAAGGAAAAGGUGCAUUUAAACAUGGGAAGUUUCAAGGAAAGGCUUCUGACUUAAGUGGUAUCAAUAAAUGUAAGAAACUAAUAGAAGAUUAUUUUAAUGACCUCAACUAA